UUCGAUUGAGCUUUUCUGUUGGUUUUCUUUGUAGACAAGUUUUUGGGCUACUUUUUUUUUUUUUUUUACUACUUUGUUUUAACAUUUUCUUGGAGGGAAAAUGACUAUCCUUAUUGAAAAGCCUGAGCUAGAGUCUCAAGCUGAGUGCCAGAAGCAUGUUGAGGAAACUGACGAAUUGGUGUUGGAUGGUGGAUUUCCGGUGCCACGUGAUGGGUUUUUGGCACCUGAAAUCAACUCAUUUGGCCACUCCUUCAGGGAUUAUAAUGCAGAAAGUGAAAGGCAGGAGAGCGUGGAGGAAUUCUACAGACAGCAGCACAUUCAUCAGACAUACGACUUUGUGCAACAGAUGAGGGAAGAGUACUCCAAAUUGGACAGAAUGGAAAUGAGCAUAUGGGAAUGCUGCCAGCUCCUGAAUGAGGUCGUCGAUGACAGCGACCCUGACCUGGAUGAACCUCAAAUUCAGCACCUAUUGCAAUCAGCUGAAGCUAUUAGAAAGGAUUAUCCUGAUGAAGACUGGCUUCAUUUGACUGCUCUUAUUCAUGAUCUUGGAAAGGUUCUUCUUCUACCCAAGUUUGGAGGGCUUCCACAAUGGGCUGUUGUUGGAGACACAUUCCCUGUAGGAUGUGCUUUUGAUGAGGCCAAUAUUCACCACAAGUAUUUCAAGGAAAACCCAGAUUAUAACAAUCCUGCUUACAACACUAAGAACGGAAUUUACUCCGAAGGCUGUGGGCUAGAUAAUGUCAUGAUUUCAUGGGGGCACGAUGACUAUAUGUACUUGGUAGCCAAGGAAAAUGGAACUACUCUACCUUCAGCCGGGUUGUUCAUUAUCCGAUAUCAUUCCCUUUAUCCUUUACAUAAGGAGGAAGCAUACACGCACUUACUGAAUGAAGAGGAUAAGGAGAAUUUGAAGUGGCUCAGAAUAUUCAACAAAUAUGACCUCUACAGCAAGAGCAAAGUCCUGGUUGACGUUGAAAAAGUCAAACCAUAUUAUCUUUCACUUAUUGAAAAAUAUUUCCCAGCAAAGCUCAAGUGGUAAUAGCUUGAAGAAAUUUAAUUAAGGAUGUGAGAUUAAAGACUGAAAGCUUGAUUAAUUAGCUGCCUUAGCAUAAGGAAAUUUUGGGCGGCUGGGUGCUUCAUUUU